AUGGAAACGUCACAAGGGGAUUCGCCAUCUGGCGAAUCCCCGUCUGAAAAACACAUGCAUAUUUCUCAGAAUAAUUCAGAAAAGUCAAAUAAUCUGAUAGAAGACUCUAACUUAGAUAAUGGAAAUAGAUAUAAAAGUACAGAUUUACCCCCAUACUCUAUUUAUCUCGAAUCAAUCGAUAAAAAUAUAGGAUAUAUGAAGGAUUUAGUAAUUGGUAAAAAACUUUUCGAUAGUGGCAUUGAAGGAAUUAAUAAAGUGGAGAAAAGGGGGCGGAACCGGAUUGAAGUUGAAUUUAAUUACUAUAAAAAAGCUAAUGAUUUCAUAAUAUCCGAAUAUAUCAAAGCAAACAACUGGCGAGCGUAUAUACCGGCUCACCGGGUAUCCUGCCGAGGUAUUAUCCGAGAAAUAGACAUAAGUAUGAGCGACGAAACUUUAAUGAAAUAUUUAAAAACGGAAAAUGAGAGAGAAGUAUUAAGGGUUAGAAGAUUGAAGAGAAAACGCAUUGACGAAGAUGGUAAUAUAACAUAUGUUGAUUCAGCUACGGUGGUGGUAACAUUCGAUGGCGUAAGAUUGCCAAGGCAUGUCUCACUUUUUCAUGUUUACAGAAUACCAGAAUUGUAUAUAGCACCGGUCAUACAGUGCUACAAAUGCUGUAGGUAUGGCCAUACAAAAAUGUUAUGCAAAGCGCAAGUUAGAUGCCCAAGGUGCUCUGAAGGUCAUGAUUUAUCAGUUUGUACGUCAGAACAAAUGGUAUGCUGUCAUUGUAAACAAAAUCAUUACUCAACUGAAGUAGGCACACCACUAUCAGAAAGAUGCUGUCCUGAAUAUAAAAGGCAAAAAGAAGUUAAGAGGUUAAUGGCAACACACAGUUAUUCGGCAUAUGAAGCCCAUAUGUUAACUACAAACCCAGGUAGAGUUGUAUCAUCCAAUACGCAAGUCUCGCAACAACACUUUCCCCCGCUAAAAAAUUCUAAUAAGAUAGAUAACUGUACCAACAUCAAUGCAUCCAACGCUGCAUAUAGACCAUUGAUAGACUAUUCCGAUAUUGUCAAGGGUUCCGGCGAAAAUAGCUAUAAACCUGCGAUAGUUCGUAAGCCAAUUAGAAACGAUGGUAACCGAAAUACGGAAAACUAUAAAAGAAAAAAAGAAAACUCGCCAGAAAGACAGGUGAAGCAACAUGAGAGACUAUAUAAAAAGAAAAUAAUAGAGCAAUCAACAAAGGAAAAUUCGCAAUCCGGUAAUAUCAAACCACCCAGCCGGGCAUCAAGUUCAAUAUCCAAUACCACAAUAGAAGAAGAAGAACAGUUAGUUGUCUCUAGACCAUCGAUGCGAUUAAUUAAUAAAGAACAAAUAUUAUAUUCUGAAGACGAUAUCCCAUAUGAUAAAGAUUACACUCUGGAAUUCCAAGAGUCUGCCCAAAAAUAA